AUGGUGGCCAAGGUCUUUUUGGGAGAGGAGGAUCGCCCUAGCGAGCCGGAAACUUUAUACAAGGUCAAGGAGGUCUCUGAUGUGCACGAUACAGUAGAAGACCACAUUCCUGUGCUGCUCUGUCACCAAACGGUCACGAAUCCCACGUCCUCAAUCCGAGAAGCUCUUGACUUUCUGGAACCUACCAAAGGCAGUCGCGUCUACAUCCUCGUGUUCCCCAAGCUCUCCCCCAUAACAAAGCUCCACGGAGACGACCUGUUUAAUGUAUGGCGUCGAUGUAUGCUGGGCCACAUUAUUCUGUGGAAGGUGGGGGUCUAUCAUCAAGAUGUCAGCCCUGGAAACAUGAUGUGGUACUAUGACAAGCUCGGAAAGCUUAUGGGUGUGUUGAACGACUACGAUCUAUCGUCGUUGGCGGAUGAGUCGGGUCCUCAGGGCAACGAGCGCACAGGAACGGUGCCGUUCAUGGCAAUCGAUCUUCUCACCGAAAGGGCUCAACGAGGCGAAGUCAAACACCUAUAUCGUCAUGAUAUGGAGUCGUUCGUGUGGGUCUUCAUCUGGAUUUGCUUCCGUUACGACAGCAAAGGAGCCCUCCUAUCACCGUCAUCGCGCCGCUUCGAUGAAUGGGCAACUUUAGGCGCCUUCCAAUGUCGCAAGGACAAGCGAGAUUUCCUGCAUGAUAUAACAGAUUUUCCCCGCCCGAACGUAGGGCGACGGACGUGGCGUCUCCUUACGCAGUGUGCCUGGGUGCUUAAAAAAGAUCUUGAUCGUCUAUCUGAUCAGAAAUACGAUCAGCUCAUAGAAGCAUACGAUCAGUCAGACGACGAUGAAGAGGAGAAGGACGAGCAUGAGAAUGCGAAUGAGGAUGAGGUAAAGGUUGAGGAAUCGGUGGACGGACUUCCAGGAGCGGUCAAGCAGCCAGAGGAUGAGACAUCUAUAGCGGCUAUCGAAGCCUUCCUACGCAUGUUUACCGAGACCAAGGGCUGGAAAGAGCUAGAGCGCCGCAUCCGUUCACGGUGA